GGGAGGGAGCAAGAGAGUAAGGAGGGAGGGAGGCUGAGCAAGAGAGAGGCUUUGCCUUUUCUGGUAGUUAUAGUUGCUGAAAGACCAAGCAGGAAUUCUUUGUGCUGUAGCAGAGAGAGCUGAGAUAUAAACCAGAUUGUGGAGUUGAUAUACUGAGAGAGGAGGGAGUGCUGCCCAUGGACUAAACCUAAGCGUCGCUACUCACUACAGCUAAGUCUGAACACAGAAGAAACGCUCUCAGGCCACCAUGGAUGACGACUUCGACCAGCGCAUGGAAUUGAGGAGGCAGAGGCGUGAGCAAAUGCGUCUAGAGGCAGAGAAGGGCUUCAGCACAACUGAUGACGAUGAGGAGGUGGCUCGCGAGCGUAGGAGAAACGCUCGUGAGGAACGAAUGAAAAAGGCGGAGAUGGAGGAGUCUAGCAGCGGCACCGUGACAACAGAGGUCAACAACACUCACAGUGUGACAGAGACAGAGUCCUCCUCCACCGGUGCAGAGGUGAGCUCCUCAGCAGGUGAUGGGGAUGACGUGGUACUCCUGGACCGCCUGGCCAAGCGGGAGGAACGCAGACAGAAGAGGUUGAAAGAGGCACUGGAUAGACAGAAGGAGUUCGACCCUACCAUCACCGAUGGUAAUGAGAACAGCCAGGAGGAGACCUUCUCUAGCGGGCACCACCGAGGCACAGAGGAGGAGAAGGAGGAGAAACCAGCCCAGGAGGAAGUAACCACCAACUCCUGGAGUAGAGAGGAGGAGAAGGAGGUGAAAGAAGAGGAAGCGACGCCAAAGGAGGAAGAGCCUGAACCCGUCACAGAGUCUGAGAAAGCUGAGGAGGUGGAGGAAGAGAAGAAAGAGGAAGAGGUUGAAGAAACACAAAUAGUACCAGAAAAAUUGAUUGAAUUUGUUGUACCCGCUGCACCACUACAAGAGUGCAUGUUUGAAAUAUCAAUUAUGCCCAAGAUGGCAGUAGAGGAGAAAUCUGUUGAAGAGAUAUCUAAGAAAGAAGAGGAAGAAAAACAGAAAAAAGUGUUGGAAGAAAAAGAGGCUGCAGAAAAACUCAAGAAAGAGGCUGAGGAAAAGGCUGCAAAACUCAAGAAAGAAGGAGAAGAAGAAAAAGCUGCAAAACUCAAGAAAGACGCUGAAGAGAAAGCAAAAAAAUCUAAGCAAGCAGAGGAAAAAAAGAAAGCUGAGGAGGAAAAGUCAAAAAAGCGGUCUGAGAAGGUGGAGUUGGAGAAACCGAAGUUAAGGUCAGUGAAGAAAGACGAGAAGGAGUCCUCCCUCUCCAAGCAGCAGAACGGAGGUGUGUCGCGCUCCGCCGAGGCCGAGGACCAGGAGCGCCUGGAGGCAGAGCGUAAGCUGGAGGAGCUGAAGCGGCGUCGCGACGAGGCGGACAGCGAGGUGUUUGAGAAGAUGAAGCAGAAACAGCAGGAGUCUGAGGCCGAGCUGGAGGAGCUGAAGAAGAAGAGGGAGGGGAGGAAGAAGAUCAUUGAGGAGGAAGAGAAGCAGAAGAAGGCAGAGAUGGCAGAAAAGAAGGCCAAGGAGCAGGAGGAGAGGAAGAGGUUGAAGGAAGAGAUAGAGCAAAGAAGAAAAGACGCUGCAGAGAAGAAGAAACAGAUGAUCGAGGAAUCGGGCGACGGAGACAAGAAACCCUUCACAUUGGGUGUCACGCCCAAGGGCAAGAUUGGGGAGAGAGCAGAAUUCUUGAACCAGAGAGCCCAGAAAGGCUGUAAGACAUCACAUGCUCCUAUUGUCUCCAAGAUAGGCAACAGACUGGAUUUAUACACCGCUGCAGUUCAUACCAACCGGGAUGUGAGGUCUCCUAAGUCUCCAGUCUCAGACCUGCCAGAGACACCAAGCAUCCGCAACAUCAAGAGCAUGUGGGAGAAAGGGAACGUUGGGGUGGCCACUGAGAGCCCCAAGCCUAUGAAUAAGGAUGCUGCUGAUAUUAAAGUGGGUGUGGCUGGACUGACUAAAGGCUGGGGCAAGAGCCCGGCAGACACUGGCAAGGCAGCCGCAGCCGCAGCUGAGAAGGCUGAAGACCUGAAACCUGUUGAUGUGGGCAACAAGCGCAGCCUAUGGGAAACAAAGGGCUCUUCCCCUGCUAAGGUAACAGUUGGAGGCAAGACCAAAUCUGUCACAAAUGCAGGUGUGGGACGCUAAUGAUCCAAAGUAAAAACCCCGAGGAAGAACAGCCAAAAACUGAUGAAAUACAAGACUCUACUAUGUGUAUUCAUAACCCAAAAAUAUAUCCAUAACAGCCUUGCAGGGGUUGGAACCCAAAUUAUUUUCCAAUCAUUUAGUUCUGAACAGAUUUUUUUUGUUGUUGUUGUUGUUCCAUUCCACUGUUCUGACCAACACGUUCUGAACCUGUUCGAACCCCCAAAAAAUAAAUAUAGCGUUCCUUUCUGUUCCUUUUUAAACCUC